GGGUAGUAGGCCGGGCCCUGGUUAAUCCCUUCUUAAAUAGCCUCAGGAAGAGUUAACACUGUGGGAGUGCUCAGAUCCAGCGCGCUAUCCCACACAGUCCUGGACGCAUCUCAGACACAUACAGGAGUUGGGAGAAGACCCUUGUGGACUAUUUCUAAAUCGAGGGGCUGAAGCAGAAACAACAGAAAAAGGUGUGUGGUCCAGGAUGAACUUUGCGGCCCAGUUCAUUUACGCCAAGUAUGUUGGUGAUGGCCUGCCGAGCAGAGUGGGAUUCAGCGACGGUGAUGAGAAUGACCCUUUCUGGCAGAGCGAGGAGCAACGUCUUGGGUCUGCUAAACAGGGCUCCUCCUCCUCUUCCAAGACCAGCUGCAACAGGGUCUGCAACGGGGUUGCAGGCCGACCACACACCCUCAUCCACCCUGAGCGCAUGAAGGACUUUGGUAUUGACGAGGAGGUAGAGACCGUCAAUGGAGAUGUCAAGACCUUUGAGACCAAGGUGGUGGCCGCACCUGAGAUCCAGCUUAUGGACCCACCCAAGACCAACAAGAAACCAGAUAGUGAGAGCAAAGCAGUCGUGCCACCCAAGCCUGAGUACCUCCGUUUUGAGGACAUCAGAGCUGCAGCCUUAAAUAUCCAGUCUGGGAUUCAGAAGACACCCUGUACGUACUCCAGAUUGUCCAAGCAAUACAGCAUGGAGAUCUUCCUAAAGAAAGAACAUCUCCACUACACAGGCUCUGUGAAGGAGAGAGGUGUUCUCUAUCUUCUCAACUCCAUGAACCAGGAACAGCAGAAGAAGGGAGUGAUUGUCGCUACAGACUGUAGCUUCUCCAUGGCUGUGGCCCACCAUGCAGUUGAGUUAAGGAUCCCAUUGUUCGUCAUCAUGCCAGCUAGCGUUGCUCAGCCCCGCCUUAGGAUGUACCGAGACUAUGGAGCCAUGGUCAUCUCCUACGGUAGUACAGCAAGGGACUCUCUGAAACAUGCCCGUCAUCUGGCGAAAGAAAAUGGAUACCUCAGCCUGGAAGAGGAUGAUAGCGCUGUGUACUUGGCAGGGCUGGGUACGGUCGGAAUGGAGAUCUAUGAACAAGUGCCGAAACUUGACGCAGUCAUUGUUCCUGCUGGUGGGCAGUGUAAUCUACUGGUUGGCACAGCUGCCGCCAUUAAACACCUAAACUCACGCAUCACUGUCAUAGGAGUUGAACCUGAAGGAUUUCCCCUGCUACUACAGUCACUGAAAACAGGCAGCCCAGUGACUAAUGAUUUAUACAGCAUGCCCAACAAGAAGUUGUAUGGAGACCUAUUUGAGCACUCGCUGGGGCUCGACUCCUUCCAGCUGGCUAAGAAAUGUGUGGACAAAGUCAUUUCUGUCAGGGAGGAGGAUUCGUUGGUGGCCAUGCUGAGGUUCCAGGAGUUUGAACACUCCACAGUUGACACAGAAGGAGCCAUGGGACUUGCGGCCAUCAUAGCCGGCCAACUACCUGAGCUGAAGGGCAAAAGAGUCGCUGUGGUGGUCAGCAGUGCUAACAUGGACUUGGACCUGAUCAGACAGUGUGUGGACCGCGCCCUGGUUCUGGAUGACCGGGUCAACAAGUUUACAGUGCAGUUGGGGGACUUUCCGGGAGACAUGGCCAAAUUACUGGAUGUGUUGGCCAGAGAGGAUAUCAAGCUGUUGGACGUUUGCCACCGGAGGCACGGAGACAGAGGCGAUCUCUUCAAAGCCCAGGUGGAGUGUGUGGUGGAGACGAGGGAUAAGACACAAAGUGUUCAACUCCGCAGGACUCUGUCUGAGCGCUACCCCACGCUACGCUGGCUGGACCGGUGACGAGCAAGACCAUAUCGCUCUGUCUCAGAUUUCACACUCAGCUCACACGUAAAAACACACUCACAUGCAAGGACACACACCCAACAAAAACACACGCAAACACACUGCAACAUUAAAUGAAACAGAAACGUUGUGUAUAUACUCUAUUGUACAUGCAAACAAAUACAUAACACAAGCACUGAACUCUGCUGAAAAACUACACAUUUGCUGCUGGCUCUUGAUUAUCAGUGAGUAUUAUAAAGCCUUUGGUUUGUAGAGAUUGUACAAGGAGAUAGUAUGAUAUUAUAUGACAUUUACUGCAUACGCUUUUCAAAUAUAAAUAUUGUUUAAGUAUGAACUUUCACCCAACUAUUUUUUUAUUAGGGGGCGCAGGGCUGGUGUUCAGAUUAAGCAUAGUCCUAGGCCAAAAAUGUGCAAUACAGUCUACUAUGUAGUCCAGAACUAAGCUUAAUCAUGUGGGGGCAACGGGCUCUUUGGGUGUGAUAAUGACAGUUCUUUAUGAUUGACAUCUGGAUGAGAUCUGGGCUAGCGGACGUUUGUGUAAUGGUUUCAUUGGUAAUGUCGGAGGUCGUACAUGUCGCACAAUUGAAUUCAAAUGUCAACCAACUUCUGUCUACCGCUGGAUCACCCUAGGCAUUAGCUGUGAAUAUUUCUUUGGAAAAUGUUUCAGAUUCUUCUUUCUGGAGGGCACUUGCAUGUGUAAUGUUUGAAUUUGAUGCGGAAGAAUGAGCGGAGCUGAUUAAACAUGGAAGCAUCAGUCUCAGGGUUUGUCCUUGUGAGGAGGUGGCGGUUCCUCAUUACAAAUUCCAUUUGAGACAAAAACAAAUGCAGAUUUCAUUUUUUUUUUAUUGUACAUACUUCUAUAUUUAUAAUAUGAGUAGUAGUGAUAAUGAAAACAAAUGUUCUAGAAAUAAAAUAUGAUGAUGACAGA